AUGACGAGUCCAAUCGAAGCCACAAUAGAUUCAUUUCUCAGGCAUUCCUACGACUACAUCGUUAUUGGGGGCGGCACGGCAGGUCUAGCUGUCGCCUCUCGUCUUGCCGAAGAUGCAUCACUUACAGUCGGUGUCCUAGAAGCAGGCCGCAUAGGCCACGGAGAGGAGAAUGUCGAUAUCCCUGCUUUUUACGGCCGCUCGCUCGGUGGUCCGUUGGAUUGGGCAUUUGAAACGGAGCCGCAGAGUGGUCUUGGGGGAAGAAAGUUGCCAUGGCCGAGGGGAAGAGUGUUGGGCGGAACGAGUGCCUUGAACUUUAUGACAUGGGUCCGAGCUGGGAAAGAGGAUUAUGACAGCUGGGAUGCACUGGGGAACCAUGGAUGGGCUUGGGACGAUUUGCUGCCAUUCUUCAAAAAGUCGGAAACUUUCCAUCCGCCAAAUCAAUCCCUCAAGGAGGAGCACAACGCCACACACGGACCAGAAGCUUUUGGCACGUCUGGUCCCAUUCAAAUCUCGUACACUCCGGACUAUUCACCUUCCCACAAGCUAUGGCACUCGACGCUUAAUGCAGUUGGUGUCAAGACCAACAAUGCUCACUUGACGGGAUCAAAUGUCGGCGUAUGGACGAAUGUGAACACCGUUGACCCGAGGACAGCUACUCGUAGCUACUCUACCAGCUACCUCGCUGGAAAACAGACGACAAAUCUACAUGUUUUGACCGGAGCCAUAGUACACGAGAUUGUACUUGUCAAAGAUGAAUCAAGCAAUGAAUAUGUAGCAAGUGGUGUGAGGUUCGGCCAUGACGGCGCGGAACAUGUUGUGCCUGUGGCAAGGGAGGUGGUUUUGUCGGCUGGAACCAUACAGUCUCCCCAAAUUCUAGAAAUGUCUGGCAUUGGAAGUCCUGAAGUUCUGGAGAGGGCGGGCAUUGCUGUAAAGGUGAAUAGUCCAAUGGUCGGAGAGAAUUUGCAAGACCACAUUAUGGUUGCCAUGAUUUUCGAGGUAGAUCGCUCGCUAUCGAACCCCGAUGACCUAUUGACAGACGAAGCCGUUAUUACAGCCGCCAGGGAGCAAUAUCUCCGCGAACAACGAGGUCCAUUCACCAUAUUGCCAUGUUCACUCACAUAUAUUCCCUUCUCUCAGACCAUUCCUCCAAAUAUCCUCGCCGAUAUGCAUUCCAAAGCUGCCAAUAUCACGGCCUUUGACCCGGAAAAGCGCGCCAUUCUUAGGAAACGCCUUGAUGGAACAUCGAAACUCGGCCAAAUCGAAUACAUUUUUGACCUUGGCAACUGGAGCACGACUUUCAAGGGGGACACUGGCAAGAAAUAUGGCACCAUGCUCCAGAUGCUGCAGCACCCGUUCUCCGUGGGAUCCAUUCAUAUCCGCCCCAGCAAAGGACUAACCGGCGACAUAAAGCCCAUCAUUGAUCCAGCGUACUACGCCGGCAGCCACGGGCAGGUGGAUGCUGAAAUUAUCAAAGAAUGCAUUCGAUUUGGCCAAAAGAUUGCCCAAACACAUCCUCUAGCUAGUAUCAUCCGUGCUCCUGCGAACCCUACCUCUGAUACAGUGGGUGACGACACCAAGUUACGGGACUGGGUGAAGGACAAUACCAUAACGGACUGGCACCCCGUCGGCACAUGCGGCAUGGGCGGAAAAGCCGGUAUCAAAGGAGGAGUAGUUGAUGAGAGAUUGAGGGUCUACGGGGUGAAAGGGCUGAGGGUAGUGGAUGCAAGUGUGAUGCCCUUGCAGAUCAGUGCGCAUUUACAAGCGACUGUAUAUGCUAUCGCCGAAAAGGGGGCGCAUAUGAUUCUUGAGGAUGGGAGGAAGUGA